CAUAGUCAUCGCAGAAAUUCAAGAGAUGAUUGCGACUUUUACAGACUGCGAUGCCUGUGAAGGCAUCGACGUCUACUCUGAAAUGGGUUCGCGAAGAGGGCGCACCAAUACUCACUGGCCUUCGUCUUUUGGUCCAAAGUCAGCUUGGAUAUGAAGGACGGAAAGUUACGGAAAACCUCAGCCAAAACGUCCUCAAGACCGUGGUUGGCGCUGGUGCAUCCGUUGGCGAUCCUUCACACCCGAGGCAGACAUCGGCAUUCAGCUUCGUUGGUGACACGGUGACUGAUGCUGUGCAAAGAACGAGCGCAGUGGCGGCCGGAAUUAGAACUUAUGCAGAUCUGUUGCUGAAAGGGAUUACGCCCGGCACUGGCGGCCACACAGUUUCACCAGGCGGCGAGAAAACUUUCGGUUUUAAAAACUCCGGUCUUAGUUUCGACGUCAUCUCAGGCCUUGGAAAAGUGGCCGAACUAAUCUCGAAAGGUGCCAUUCAACUGCCGAGCCAUCCCUUGCCGACUCUGCAAAAACUUGGCCAAGAAUCAAUGGAGGAGCCCAUGUUCAAGGAAACCGACUUUACGAAUCAGAAGUAUCUCCGUCAGGAAGAUAACAGCGACGAAGCUCAAGCUCUAGAGGGCCUUACUGCCGAAGAGAGGGAAUUCCUGAUGAAAGCCGCUCAAUCGGUAGAGGAGGUGGACCCAAUUGUGGAAACUCCUCCACCUGUGGAUGCAGAUCUGGGGAUUCCACCACCUAAACCAAAAGGUGCUGCUGUCAUACCUCCAAAGAAAGAUGCUAAUGUCAUGCCACCAACUCCUGGUCGUAUGAGUGCGCAUGAGGGAGUUUGGUCGGUACAUCGAGAAUCCGGGGCGACUAUGGGUUUCCCUCCAAGAGUGGACGCGCCUAGAAAAACCCCUGCAAAAGUGAGGAUGACUAGGGAGGUUACCCAGAAGGCGAAAGAGAGGGUUUAUCGACCUUCACUUCCUUCAGACUAUAAAGUGGAAGCUGAAGAUCUUGCGGAAAGCCUGUCGAAGAGUAAAGAAAGGAAGGUACCGUCUUCAAGGCUAGGCCGCCUUGCUUCGUUCGGACAAUUAGCCCUGGGUUUGGCAGGAGGGGCUGCUGCUGAAGUAACUCGACGCACUUUUGGAAGUCCUAAGGUGGAAGGAAUGCCAUCAAACCCAUUCUUGUCUAACGCGAAUGCUGACCGGAUAGUUCAAACUCUUUGUCGAGUACGAGGAGCUGCUCUCAAACUUGGACAGAUGCUCAGUAUUCAAGACCCAGAUACUAUUCCCCCACACUUGUUAGAGAUAUUUGAGCGGGUCAGGCAUAGCGCCGAUUUCAUGCCGUUAAAUCAAGUGGAACGGCAAAUGGUGACUUCGUUUGGGACAGACUGGAGAUCAAAGUUUGCUACUUUUGAGGAUCGUCCAUUCGCUGCAGCCUCUAUUGGUCAGGUGCACAAAGCUACCCUUCCAGAUGGCAGAAAAGUAGCCGUCAAGAUUCAGUAUCCUGGUGUGGCAGAAGGAAUCGAUUCCGAUAUCGACAACAUGGUUUCCGUUUUGUCGAUUGCAAAUGUCUUCCCAAAGGGAAUGUACUUGGAUAAAUUUGUCGAGGUUAUUCGUAAAGAACUGGCCAUGGAGUGUGAUUAUCUGAGAGAAGCACGCGCUACAAAAAAGUUCCGAGAGUUACUAGCUGGAUCAAAGGAUUUCUACAUACCGGAGGUUAUGGAUGAUUUCACUACAAAUCGAGUCUUGACAGCCGAGUUUGUAUCUGGAAAACCUGUUGACAAAUGUCUGAACGAACCACAGGUUGUUCGCGAUUAUAUCGCUGCAAAGUUCAUCGAAUUGUGUCUUCACGAGAUCUUUAUUUGGAGAUUCAUGCAAACAGAUCCAAAUUGGUCGAACUUUUUCCUUGGAGUACAUCCUUCGACAGGCGAACCUCGAAUGGUACUAUUGGAUUUCGGUGCAUCUCGAUCGUACAGAAAAAAGUUCGUUGAUAGAUAUAUGAAAGUCAUCAAGGCUGCAUCCGAUGGUGAUAAGCAGAAGAUCAUUGAUUAUUCCAAAGAAAUCGGAUUCUUGACGGGAUACGAAACGGAAGUCAUGAAGAGAGCACAUGUCGAAUCGGUACUGAUCUUGGGAGAAACUCUGGCGAACAGUAAGCCGUACGACUUUUCACGUCAGAACAUCACUAAGCGAGUGCAUGCUCUGAUUCCGAUCAUGCUGGAGCAUAGAUUGACGUCACCUCCUGAAGAAAUCUAUUCCCUCCAUCGCAAGCUCUCUGGCUCCUACCUCUUGGCUACGAAGCUAAAGGCUGUCGUGUCGUGCGGUGCAUUCUUUGACGAGAUUUUCAGUGAGGGAAAGUUCGGUCGAAGUGGCGUUGGAAGGUGA